AUGGCUGAAGCUGCACAGCCACGGCCCCUCGGCACCGCGUUUGCCCCGCCGCCGCCCCUUUGGAAACACUUCACGCCCGAGAAUCUCAAGAAGCUGGAGGAGAUCAAGAAGGAGGCCUCCAAAGGAGAAGAUGGAAAGCCCAAGAAGAAGAGCUGGUCGCCCACUGAGCUGCGCGCUCUGGACCUGCCGUCGGAGCUUCAACUCCUCGUUCCCCCGGCGAUCCCGACUUCGGGGCAUUACAGCGUGUUCGGGGAGCUUCAAAGCCUGUCGACUGCGCUCCCAUCCCUGAAAGAUCAAGGCAUCACCCAGCUCUACCCGUCAUCCCCAUCCACGGAGACCGACCAGCAAGCCUUAUCCGAGCCCUCCCGCCCGCUCAACCACGCAUACUAUCUGCUGAAGAUCAGCAAAUCUCUCCUUCUCAACUUCCUCGAGUUUGUCGGCGUUCUUUCGAUAGCGCCCGAGCAAUUCGAAUCCAAGGUCGAGGACUUGCGCAACCUCUUCAUCAACGCACACCACCUACUGAACUUGUACCGGCCCCACCAAGCCCGCGAAUCCCUGAUUAUGAUGAUGGAGGAGCAAUUGAGUCGCACACGGGAGGAAAUCGAGCAGAUGGACAAGUUGAAAGUCGAGAUUACGAGUGUGCUGGAGCGGUUGGAAGCGGAUGGCCGUGCUGCGCAGUCCCCAGCCCCGGAGGCCGAUGAUGAUGAUGGAAAGAAGUCUACAUCCGAGCAAAAGGCCAUUGAAGACGCGCAACUUCUGUGGGACCUGUUAGACGGAAAGAUCGAGGGUUGA